AUGGAUGACAAACCCUGCCACGGGAAGAUGACCGGGCACCUCACCUUCCCUCUGGUGGCUGUUUCACUCCUGUCAUCCUUUGGAUCUUCCAUGCUGUAUGGUUACAAUCUGGCUGUGGUAAACUCUCCAGCCGCGCACAUCAAAGCCUUCUAUAAUGCCACAUGGUCUCAGCGAUAUGGACAGGGCCUGACCACGAGUGCACUCACCCUCAUGUACUCCCUGACUGUCUCAGUCUUUGCCCUGGGAGGCCUAGCGGGGUCCUUCCCUGUUGGAAUGCUGGUCAGUCGAUAUGGCAGGAAUGGGACCUUGAUACGUAGCAGCUUCUUUGUUUUCUUGGCUGGUGGGCUAAUGGGGUUCAGUCGAUACAUGGAAUCACCUGAAAUGGUCAUAAUUGGCCGAUUCAUUACUGGGGUCCACUCUGGGAUCUCUCUCAGUGUGGUGCCCAUGUACCUGGGAGAAAUUGCCCCCAAGAACCUGCGUGGCUUCCUGGGCUUUGUACCAAGCAUCUUCAUCUGCUUAGGGGUCUUCUCUGCACAAGUCCUAGGCCUUCCAGAGCUGCUUGGGGAGGACCCUUACUGGCCUCUCUUCCUUUCGGUGGUGGUUAUUCCUGCCCUCCUGCAGCUCUUGCUGCUGCAUUGGUUCCCAGAUAGCCCUCGCUACCUGCUUAUUGAGAAGGACAAUGUCUAUGGGGCUACUGAAGCCCUGCGCUGGUUCCUUGGCAAAUACGACGUGGCGGAUGUGAUUGAAGAGAUGCGGGAAGAGCAGCGCUCACUUGCCUCUGUGAAGACUGUGUCCGUGUGGUAUCUGCUGACAGACCGUUCUGUGCGAUGGCAGGUGUUGUCCAUUGCGGUGAUCAACAUGGGCAUGCAGCUUUCUGGAAUUGAUGCUAUCUGGUUUUACACAAAUGUAAUUUUUGAGAAUGCUGGCAUCCCUGAUCCAGAGAUUCCCUAUACCACAGUGGGCACUGGAGCCAUUGAAGUUGUUGCUGGCUUGAUAGGUUGUUUCACUAUUGAGAAGUUGGGGCGUCGGCCUCUCAUGAUCGUUGGAUUUUUCUUCAUGGGCAUCUGCUGCUCAGGUAUCACCAUGUCCUUGGUGAUGCAGGCUAAUGUGUCCUGGAUGCGUUAUGUCAGUGUGGCAUGUGUCAUUGGGAUCAUUGCGGGAUUCUGCAUGGGACCAGCUGGGGUCCCCUUUUUGAUGACAGCUGAACUCUUCAAGCAAUCCCACCGCCCAGCUGCCUACAUUGUGGGUGGAUCCCUCAACUGGCUCUCAAACUUCACCAUUGGGUUUGUGUUUCCCUUCCUGCAGAUGUCAGCUGGUGCCUUCAGCUAUCUGGUCUUCUGUGGUAUCUGCCUUCUGGUUGCUUUGUAUGUUUAUUUCAUUAUCCCGGAAACCAAAAACAAGACAUUUAUGGAAAUCAGCCACAUCUUUGCCUCUCGCCACUCUUUCUCUGGCUUGCCUGACUCUGUCAAGAUGGUCAAGUUCAAUGGCUAUGGUGCCCUGGGAAACAGCUCCCUGGAGUUCUCCAGUUCUUGA